UCGGUUCAGAUUAGUCGCAGAGCAGCCACAAGUAAAGAGUAAAGAGCAACAAAAAGGCCCUGUGGGAUCUAUGAUACAUUGACAAAACUGCCAACUCUUUUUUACAUAUAUAGAUAAGAUAUGGAAGAAGUUGAUGAUAAACUAGAGAUCAAAUUUCGCUUAAACGAUGGUUCUGAUAUCGGCCCUAAAGCAUUUCCCGAUGCUACCACUGUUGCUGCAUUGAAGGAGACUGUUAUCUCUCAGUGGCCUAGAGAAAAGGAAAAUGGACCGAGGACAGUGAAAGAGGUGAAGUUGAUAAGCGGAGGGAAAGUUUUGGAGAACAACAAAACGGUUAAAGACUACCGAAGUCCACACUCUACUCUCGUAGACGCUGCUGUCACCACUAUGCAUGUCAUCAUCCAACCUCUUGUCUCUGCAAAAGAAAAGAAGCCUAAAGAUGGUGAUCCGAAGAUGAACAAGUGUGUCUGUUCAAUCAUGUAA